GGCAAGAUUGCAUCAAUACCCGGUGCAGGAGUAGAAUCACAUGAUAUCCAGAAGCUAUCACCCAGACAAUGGCUGAACGACGAAGUGAUUAAUUUCUACCUGAAGAUGAUCGAACGAAGGACACAACGAACGAAAGAUCUUGAAUUGAUUGCUGACGUGAAAAAGAGAUGGAAUGGAAUAUGGAACGUACACGUCUUCAAUACGUUCUUUUACGAAAAGCUCGUUAAGCAAGGUUAUGCUGGUGUCCGACAAUGGACACGAAAGGUUGACAUUUUCACAAAAGAUUUGAUCCUCUUACCCAUCAAUCUUGGCCAAGCACAUUGGGUUUGUGCGGCCAUCAAUAUGCGGAAAUUGCGAUUCGAGUAUUAUGAUAGCAUGCAUUCGUACAAUCGCAAGGCAUUUGACGUAUUAUCGGAUUAUGUUCAUAACGAAUACAACGAUAAGAAGAAAGGUGAAUUUGGACAAUUAGACCUUAGCGGAUGGAAGCGAUACUUUUCUCAACAGAGUCCCAUACAAGCAAACGGAUUUGAUUGCGGUGUAUUUGCCAGUAUGACAAUAGAACAGCUCAGUAGACGAAAUGAUGAAAGUGAUGCGGAGGAAGAAGAGGAAUGGAACUUUUCACAAGAUGAUAUGCCAUACCUACGUAAGCGGAUGGUGUAUGAGAUUGCAACAACGAAU